AGGACAUCACCCAGCAGCAGGGAAAAUUAAGCCUUGGAAGGAAUUUGGCUCCACAGCCAGUCAUAUGCCUUGCUUUACAACAUACUCAGCCAAUACAGGAAGGAGGGUGAGUAUGUGUGGAAAAAGACAGGUUACGAGAUUAAUUUUUAAGCACUAAAUAUUUAUUGACAGAAUAUCUCUCCAGGCAGUGUUCACAUGCUUAGAACUGAAGCUUUAAAAAUUGGCAGUGCUGUUUAAGCAAACAAAGCCAGUCAGUUGAACGCAAUGAUUAACAGGAAGUUGGGGAGCAGACACAGUUGCCAACCCUUGGCUGGGAGAAGAGGCUGGGGUAGAAGUCGUAGGGGGAUGACUUGCAGAAUGGUGAACUCAGCCCUUGGUGAUUUUACGGUAGUGAUAGGUGGCUGCGUUAGAAUCGGAAUCUCCCUGAGGCAGCUUGUUUUUGUGUGGUAACAGGUUGCAGGUUAACGGGAGCCGGAGCAAAGCAAAUCCAAAGAAGCUACUUCAGAAAUGUGUCGAAGAAAGGUGGAAAUGAAACACAGCGGAGAAUGAGAAGGGAAGGAAGACAGCGAAAGGACAAAACGGUCAACUGGAAGGGCACGGAGCAGCUGAUCAGAAUUGUGUCUACCGAGAGGAUGAUUUAUGGAUUCUGGAGAAAAUGUAAGUUAAAUAUAUCUAUACUCUGAUCAGCUCUUGAAAAACAUUUCCCUCACUUUCUGGUCUUGAAUGAUGGUCUCGUGGAAGCAUUGUCUUUUUACUGUGUCUCUUAUCACUGCCCUGAUUUUUGUAUUUGUUUACAAUAACGAAUUAUGGGAGGAGAAGCAUUUUCUGAAGGCAUCUCUGUCCAAUGCUUCACUGUUAGCACAAGUCUGUCAUCAGAUUUUUAAGGGGAAGGUUUUUUACCCAAGAGAGAAUGCACUGAAAACUACCCUCAGCAAAUCUACCUGUUAUGAGUACAUGGCUCAAAGUCACUAUAUAACAGAAACACUAUCAGAAGAGGAAGCAGAGUUCCCUUUGGCUUAUACGGUGACCAUCCACAAAGACUUUGGCACUUUUGAGAGACUCUUCAGGGCAAUUUACAUGCCCCAAAAUGUCUACUGUGUUCACAUGGAUGAGAAGGCAACAGAUACAUUUAAAGAUUCAGUGAAGCGAUUACUGAGCUGCUUCCCAAAUACUUUCCUGGCCUCCAAGAUGGAGCCGGUUGUCUAUGGGGGGAUCUCCAGGCUCCAGGCUGACCUGAACUGCCUCAAAGACCUCGUGGUGUCCGAGGUGCCCUGGAAGUACGCCAUCAACACGUGUGGGCAAGACUUUCCCCUGAAGACCAACAAGGAGAUCAUUCGGUAUCUGAAAGGCUUUAAAGGGAAAAACAUCACCCCGGGGGUGCUGCCCCCAGCUCACGCCAUUGGACGGACUAAAUAUGUCCACCAGGAGCUAUUAAGAAAAAAAAAUUCCUACGUGCUUAAAACAACAAAAUUAAAAACUCCACCUCCUCACAACAUGACCAUUUACUUUGGUACUGCCUAUGUGGCCCUCACAAGGGAAUUUGCCAACUUUGUCCUCCAAGACCAGCGUGCGCUUGACUUGCUCUCCUGGUCCAAGGACACUUAUAGCCCUGAUGAGCAUUUCUGGGUGACGCUCAAUAGGAUCCCAGCUGGCACGGGUUGCCUGGGAGCACUCCCCCACCUAACCAUGUCCUUGGUCGACCUCCUUUGCGGCAAGAUGGAGGCCCAGUCUUUUCUGCACAGUCUUUUACGACAGUCUGGUGCGCCACGAUUUCUGUAG